AUAUUUUUUAUCUAACAUUUUCCAUUGUAUGACAAUUUUAAUAUCUCAAACAAUUUUAUUUAACAAUAAUAAAAAAUAAAAGUCCCCAUCUGCAUUAAGCACCUGUUCUGGUCAAAUUUGUGUUAUUCUUGGAAUGCAGUUGGGGGCCACACAAAAUCAGUCCAGUGGGCCACAAAUGGCCCCUGGGCCGCACUUUGGACACCCCUAGCCUACCCUGACACUGCUGACACAGGGAGGCCCCCACUCCUUAUUGCCUGGACAUGCAAAUAGGCAAUACAAAAGAAAAUCUGUUUAGAGUGCAGGUGGCAUAACCUUUCCUGUUGGUUUUGUUUUUCUCUGGAGCAAUGCCCCCCUCCCUGACAGGAUGGCACCCAGGGCAAUGAGCCUCAUUAUUUCUAUAUAUAUAUGUAUAUAUAUGUAUACACACACAGCUAAGAAGCUACUGGCCACACCUCUUACCCAGGUGACUGAGUGACUGAGUGACACGGGCUCUUAUCAGAUCCAACGUAUUCGUUCUGAGCAGAGAACCAAACGAAAUCCAGAGUAAAGAGGCCAUUCUGCGCUUGACAACAAUUACGUACUGCAACUGGAGGGUUGUCCCCGAUCACACCCAUCCACCCACCCACACGUAUCACAUAAAUCUUCUACCCUGUGCCGUGCGUGGACGGGCGUCGCGAGAGCCGAGACUGUAGUGUCAGCGGUCGUGGAAGUGAAAGAAAAAAAAGCAGAGAGCAGAGCGAGAGGAGCAGCAGCAGCAGCAGGAGGAAGAGGAGGACACGAACAGGACUACAACACAUACAAAGAGAGAAAACAGAAGCUGGAUGAUUUCUGCAGCAGAUCUGGAACGCUGAGCUUUUCCACCGGAGAGGCGACGUGGUGCGGGUCGUUCAUCGGGAUAAUCGUUUUUUUUUCUCCCCCCUCUGCGGUGAAAUUAGCCAGAGCUUGAGGUCCGGAGGCGCAGGCUCGCCUACUCUUCCUCGUCAGAAAAGAGGAAGGUUUACGGAGCCGCGGACUGAAGGCGCAGCGAAGGAGUUGGGAUGUCCUGAGUCAAUCCUCCGGUCCCAGAGAGCAGUUUGCCGAUGGGACCUGCUGCUCCACCAUGAGCUUACAAGAUGGCGGCUGCAGCUACGCCAGCAGCGCCAAUCUGGCCACCAUUACAGGCAGCAUGCGGCGUCGCCUGGAGGACCAGGAGUUUUCCCUGCGCGUCUAUCCGGGCUCACUGGCUGAGGGUACAAUUUACUGCCCCGUCAGUGCCCGCAAAAACACCACCGCUGCUGAAGCCAUCGAGUGCCUCAUUGAGCGGUUGCACCUGGAUCGCACCAAAUGCUAUGUGUUGGCUGAGGUAAAGGAGUUUGGCGGGGAGGAAUGGAUCCUCAACCCUGGGGACUGCCCAGUUCAGCGCAUGAUGCUGUGGCCAAGAACGGCCCUGGAGAAUCGCAGUGGCUUGGGCAGCGGUGAAGACUAUCGCUUUCUGCUGCGAGAGAAAAAUCUAGAUGGAUCUAUUCAUUAUGGUGGCAGCUUGCAGAUGUGGCUGCGGGUGACCGAGGAACGGCGGCGGAUGGUGGAACGGGGUUUCCUACCUCAGCCUGCAGGGAACGAUCCGCCAUCUGAUCUGUGCGCUCUUCCAGAGCUGACGGAGCGCGCCCUUCUGGAAAGCCUGCGCGCUCGUUUCAGGCAGGAGAAGAUCUACACUUACGUUGGGAGUAUUCUUAUUGUGAUUAACCCUUUCCAAUUCUUGCCCAUCUAUAAUCCUAAAUACGUCAAACUAUACGACAACCAUACGCUUGGAAAGCUAGAGCCGCACAUCUAUGCUGUGGCAGACGUGGCAUACCAUGCUAUGUUGCAGCGACGGAAAAACCAGUGCAUCGUGAUUUCUGGCGAAAGUGGAUCGGGGAAAACUCAGAGCACCAACUUCCUUAUUCAUCACCUGACAGCUCUAAGCCAAAAGGGUUUUGCCAGUGGUGUGGAGCAGAUUAUCCUGGGAGCAGGACCAGUUUUAGAGGCGUUUGGGAAUGCCAAGACAGCUCACAACAACAACUCCAGCCGCUUUGGGAAGUUCAUCCAGGUCAACUACCAGGAGAGUGGGACCGUCAGGGGUGCGUAUGUGGAGAAGUAUCUGUUGGAGAAAUCCCGCCUGGUGUACCAGGAGCACAAUGAGAGGAACUAUCAUGUGUUUUACUACCUGCUGGCUGGAGCCAGUGAAGACGAGAGGAAGGCUUUCCACCUGCUCAAACCAGAGGAAUACCACUACCUUAACCAGAUGACAAAGAGACCACACAAACUCCCCUGGAACAAUUGCUAUGAGAGUGAGCUGGACUGUUUCACUGUAGAGGGAGAAGACCUGAAGCAUGACUUCGAACGGCUGCAGCUGGCCAUGGAGAUGGUCGGAUUCCUACCUGCCACACGCAAACAGAUUUUCUCCCUGCUGUCUGCCAUCCUGCACCUGGGGAACAUCCGUUACAAGAAGAAGACCUACAGGGAUGACUCCAUCGACAUCUGUAACCCGGAGGUGCUGCCCAUCGUCUCCGAGCUGCUGGAGGUGAAAGAGGAAAUGCUGCUUGAAGCCUUGACAACCAGGAAGACGGUCACUGUCGGAGAGAGGCUCAUCGUGCCCUACAAACUAGCAGAGGCCAACACAGUGAGAGACUCGAUGGCCAAGUCUCUGUACAGCGCCCUCUUUGACUGGAUUGUGUUCAGGACAAACCACGCCCUGCUCAACAACAAGGACCUGGAGGACAACUCAAAGAUCCUCUCCAUAGGAGUGCUGGACAUCUUUGGCUUUGAGGACUACGAGAACAACAGCUUUGAGCAGUUCUGCAUUAACUUUGCUAACGAGCGACUCCAACACUACUUCAACCAACACAUCUUCAAGCUGGAACAGGAGGAGUACCGGGCAGAGGGCAUCUUGUGGCACAACAUCGACUACAUAGACAACAGUGGCUGCCUGAACCUCAUAAGCAAGAAACCCACAGCUCUGUUCCACCUGCUGGACGAGGAGUGCAAUUUCCCGCAGGCCUCCAAUCAAACCUUGCUGGACAAGUUCAAGCGUCAGCAUGAAGGAAACAGCUACAUCGAGUUCCCUGCCGUCAUGGAGCCCGCCUUCAUCAUCAGACACUACGCCGGGAAAGUCAAGUAUGGAGUCAAGGACUUCAGGGAGAAGAACACUGACCACAUGAGGCCCGACAUCGUUGCCUUGCUGAAGAGCAGCAGGAAGGCCUUCAUCUGCAGCCUGAUGGGGAUUGACCCUGUGGCAACCUUCCGCUGGGCCGUGCUGCGGGCCUACUUCAGAGCCAUUGUAGCUUUCAGAGAGGCUGGCCGCAGACACAUUCACAAAAAAACCGGCAACGAUGCAGCGGUCCCUUGCCCUGUAGUCAAAACUGUUGACAGCUUUAGCUUCAUUCAUCACCCGGUUCACCAGAGGAGCCUUGAGAUCCUUCAGAGAUGUAAAGAUGAAAAAUACAGUAUCGCUCGGAAAAAUCCUCGAACACCUUUGUCAGAUCUCCAAGGCACCAAUGCCCUGAAUGAGAAGGCCAGCUGGGAUGGCUAUGGAAUUGGAUGUAACAGUCGCAGCUUGCGAUCGAGUCGCGUCUCUUCAUCAGGAAACCUUGCCCUGGAGGAAGAGGGGAUCUUCCUGAACUCAGGCAGCAGCAAGCUCCUAGAGAGAGCUCAGGGUAUUCUAUUGAGAAACAAAAACUGCAAAAGCAAACCAACCCUUCCCAAGCACUUGUUGGAUGUGAAGUCUCUGCGCUACCUGAGCAGCGUGACGCUCCACGACCGCAUCACCAAGUCGCUGCUCCACCUGCACAAGAAAAAGAAACCGCCCAGCAUCAGUGCUCAGUUCCAGGCUUCACUCAAUAAGCUGAUGGAGACUCUUGAUCAGUCGGAGCCGUACUUCGUCAAGUGCAUCCGCUCCAACGCUGACAAGCUCCCGCUGCGUUUCAACGACACUCUGGUGCUCAGACAGCUGAGGUACACAGGAAUGCUUGAAACAGUCCGGAUCCGACAGUCAGGAUACAGCAUCAAGUACACCUUCCAGGAGUUUGUACGUCACUUUCAUGUGCUGCUGCCUCGGGGAACAAGCCCCACCAAGUCGGGCAUCAGAGAGUUCUUCAGACGGAUUCACCUGCUUCCUGCUGGGUACCAAGUGGGCCACACAAUGGUGUUCCUGCGGGAGGCGGAGCGUCAGCGUCUUCAGACCCUCCUCCACCAGGAAGUGCUGCGGCGGAUCGUCAUGCUGCAGCGCCGCUUCAGGGCCGUCCUGGAGAGGAAGCACUUUGUCAGCAUGAGACAAGCAGCGCAUGUCAUCCAGCGAUGGUGGCGAUCGUGUCUCCUCAGGCAGUCUAGCAUUGACUCGAGCAUUGAGGAGGAGGCGGCUGUGUGUCUACAGGCGGUGUGGAGGGGAUACACGCAGCGCAGGAGGUUCCUGCAGUGGAGGGCCUCUGCCAUCACCAUACAGAGGAGCUGGAGGAGCUGCUGCCAUCGUCGCAGGAUUCAGGCGGCUGUGGUCAUUCAAACGGCCUGGAGACGGGUCAGGGAGAAGAACCGGUUCUGUAGAGCACGCAGCUCUGUGACGCAGCUCCAGGCGAUGGGCCAAGGAUACUUGGCUCGAGUCAGAUUUAAACGCCUAAAGGAGCAGAGGGAAACACUCAACACACGGGUGCCAAGACCUGGGACAGAGAUGGAUGCUGGGAAUUUGGAGGACUUUGUCUCAUCUGGAUUAGAUUCUUCUGUUGGUGUAGACUCCUCUGAGGAAACUGAUCUGACCAAGACAGAACGAGAGGAGGACUCUGAGCAAUCUAGAUACAUAGACGAGACGAGCCAUAAGAACCGGUCAAAGCGAGAGAGCAGGCGCAUGAGAGAGCUGGAGCAGGCUCAGUUCAGCUUGGAGCUCCUCAAAGUCCGAACCACCAGCAUGGGGUGUUCUCUCCCAGAAGAUGUGGUCACCGACAGCAGUCUCGCUCAGGUGGAUGACCAUCAUCACAGACUUUCACCGCAGGGAUCCCCAACUAGUCACGGCAGUUUUGAGAUGCUCAGCGUGGACGAAAUGGAGACAGAAGGCUCGGGCAGGUUUGCUUCCCAGCUGACAGGAUCUCAUGAACAACCCCAGACUCUGGAAAUUCUCAGAGAUUCAAACCACAACGAGAAACCUGUGAAGGAGUUGUUAACCAGGUCAGAGGAACCACGGGCAAAGUUUUACAUUACUUCUGAUCAAAGUCCAGUUAAUAGACCUAAUCCUGGAAGCCUUGGCAGAACCCAUAAAGACAGAAAGGAGUCUGUUUCCCGAAGGCCUGUUGUAGUCUUGAUCAGUAUGCAGAAAGAGAGCCCUGUGGAGGAGAGAGAGCUGCUGGCAGCUCACGCCUUAGAAGAUGCUUCUCAAACAGGAUCAUUUGGCUCCAGUAUGACACCCAAUGAAGACAUAAGGCAAGCAACACACAAAGUGCAACCCAGUGGACUCUUUCCCCAGGCAAAAAGAGAUGUAGUUGUGGUGGAAAAGGUGUCAAAGCUUCCAACUCCAGAGCUACGUGGAGAGAAUCCAGAAGAACCAGCACUUUGUUCCUCAAAGGUGGAUAUCCAGAUCGGCCCGCAGCCAAAGUCCAGUGUUUCCACUGUUCUCCCAGGUAAGCAGGCCAGCCCAAUACUGGAUACCAAACCCACAAAGGCCCAGAAGAAAAGCUCCACUCAGACUGUGAUCGUGAACAUGGUGGAGAAACCUUCCAGCACUGUGUUUUCUCCACCCAGACGCAAGCUGCCUUUCUCUAAGUCGGAUAAGGAUUUGGUGAACCAGGAGAGAUCUCUCUCUCUUUCUAUGCACAGAGAUGACUCUAAAUCUGCUGGAUCCAGAAACAGAGAGCAGGUGGGGCGCCCCGGCCCCAAAAAGAAAGCUCGAAUGUCCCGGACACGCUCCGACUUCCUCACCCGCUGUAACUCGGAGGGGGCCACCCAGUCAGAUGACGACGAUGAAUACUACAUUCCCGCACACUCCUGCACGCUACCCCCCUCCUUGUCUCCCCCACAAGCCCACCCUGACACCGACUGUCACAGUGACUCUGAGAUGUCUCAUAAAGAGCAGAAGAAGAUCCAUAAGACCAUGUCAUCAGGAGACUUGGGCAAAGUGGAGAUCCUUAGGAAAUCCUCCAGUCAGGAUGGAAGCCGGAUGAGAGGUAAGAUGCGAUUCUGGAGCAUGACGAAACACAGCGAAAAAAAACUGUCAAGGGGGAAACAAUCCAGCAGAAGUGAAGCUGGUGAGAUCCAUGAAAGUAAGUCUCCUCUUCAGGGUCUGGACUUGGAAGUGGUUCCUUCUCGGGAAAUGCGGGACACCAAGGAGAACAAGGAGCCCUCUCCAAAGAUGAAGCGGCGCCGCAGCUUAAAAAUUAGCAACAUUGCUCUGGAACCUGCCCAGUGGCAGAACGACUCGCUGCACAUUCUUACCUCGGCCCACGACUACCGCUCCAUGAACGAAUUUCUCAUGAAGAAGAUUGCUGACUUGGACUCAGAAGACAGUGAAAAGGACACCAUGGUAGAUGUUGUCUUCAAGAAAGCACUGAAGGAGUUCAGGAUCAACAUCUUCAACUCAUACUCCACUGCUCUUGCUAUGGAUGAUGGGAGGAGUAUCCGCUACAAGGACCUGCACGCACUGUUUGAGCACAUCCUGGAAAAGACCAUGCGUCUGGAGCAGAGGGACUGGAGUGAGUCGCCUGUGAAGGUGUGGGUCAACACCUUCAAGGUCUUCCUGGAUGAAUUCAUGACGGAGUACAAAUCCAUGGAGGGGACUAUUGGAAGGACUCUAAAGCGUGAGCGCAAAAAAUCCAGAAAGAAGGAAACUGACAUUGUGGAGGAACAUAAUGGCCACAUCUUUAAGUCCACUCAGUAUAGCAUCCCUACUUACUGCGAGUACUGCUCCUCCCUCAUCUGGAUGAUGGACCGAGCCUGCGUCUGCAAAUUGUGCCGCUACGCCUGCCACAGAAAGUGCUGCUCCAAGAUGACCACCAAGUGCAGUAAAAAGUACGACCCGGAGCUGUCGUCCCGUCAGUUUGGGGUGGAGUUGUCCCGUCUGACCAGCGAGGAGCGCGCCGUUCCCCAGCUGGUGGAGAAACUCAUCAAUUACAUUGAGAUGCACGGCCUCUACACGGAGGGAAUCUACAGGAAGUCGGGCUCCACCAAUAAGAUCAAAGAACUCCGACAAGGCCUGGACACAGAUGUGAGCAGCGUGAUUCUGGAUGACUACAACAUCCAUGUCAUUGCCAGCGUACUCAAGCAGUGGCUUCGGGACCUGCCCAGCCCGCUCAUGACCUUUGAACUAUACGAAGAGUUCCUCAGAGCCAUGGGCCAGCCAGACAAGCGGGAAGUGAUCCGAGGCGUAUACUCUGUAAUCGACCAGCUCAGCAGAACACACCUCAGCACAUUGGAGCGUCUGAUCUUCCAUCUGGUCAGGAUUGCCCUACAGGAGGAGACGAACAGGAUGUCCGCCAACGCACUAGCCAUCGUCUUUGCUCCCUGCAUCCUUCGUUGUCCUGACACCAUCGACCCACUGCAGAGUGUCCAAGAUAUCAGCAAAACUACAGCGUGCGUGGAGCUGAUCAUCAACGAGCAGAUGAGAAAGUACAAAGCUCGUCUGAAGGACAUCAGCAGCCUGGAGUUUGCAGAGAGCAAAGCCAAGAGCAGACUGACCCAGAUCAGGAGGUCCCUGAACAGAGUUCAUGUUCGACAAAGCAGCUCCCACAUCCCCUCGCCUCCUCUGAGCCCUAAAUCAGAAGGGGAAAGUGUAGGAGGAGCUGGAGGAGGAGCUGGAGGAGAGGAUGCAGGAGAAACCGGGCUCAAUGAGCAACAACAGCUGGCGAUGCAGCAGGAGGAGCGAAUCCUCACAGAGCAAAUUGAGAGUCUACAGAAAGAGAAGGAAGAGCUGACGUAUGAGAUGUUGAUCUUGGAGCCGCGUGCCUCCGACGAUGAAACACCUGAAUCAGAGGCUUCCAUCGGCACAGCAGACAGCUCUGAAAACAUCACCAUGGAAACAGAAGGAGCUACAUCUGACCCCUCUGAACGCCGGACAUACCGAUCGAGAAAGUCUGAGGCAAAGACCAGACGAACUCUUCAUCGUCAGCCAGACUCUCAGGACUCCGUCGACUCCACCUCAACCCUCUCCUCGUCCUAUCACCCCUCCUCCUCCUUUUCCUCAAUUGCCUCCGGUUCCUCGUCUCCUCACUACCGCUUUCGUUCGUCCUCCUCCGGGCCCCUGCUCACUUCUUGCGGACUAGGGGCCCCAUUGGCGGAACCAGAGGAUGGCCAAAGAACUGGAAAGACUCGCCUCAGGCUCAGGCUGAGCCGUAGCUCGCCGCGCGACUCCUCAGGAGGCCAUCAAAGCGAGCCGGACUUCAGCUCAGGGCCACAGCAGUUGGUUCUGUACAACAAUAAUGAAUUCAUGGUGUGAGUAAAAAUGAGGGUGAGGCAGACUAGCCCCUGUCGGUUUCUGAAGGGAAAAGGAGGAGAUUGCAGGUUAGAAAGGAGCUCCUCCUCUGUGCCUAUCCCUGUCAUCCUCUGACCCAAUCAAGGCAGAAAGAUUUGGGAAUAAGAAAAGACUGGAAAUACAACACGGAGGAACACCACAGCAGAUGUUCAAGGAAAGUGGACUGAUUAUUUCCAUGAACAGCAGAAAGCUGGAGCAAUGUGAACAGAGGAGAGGUCAGUACUUUUUGGCCCCUGCAGGUGUACCAGGGGUCACUUAACUGAACAUUGAGAAUAAUGAGGGAAAGGGACGAUAUGAGGGGGUUAGAUAAAAAAAAAAAAAAAGAAGUCCUCCAAAGCCAAAUCUCAUAAUGCCCCAUCAAUAUUUUUCAGCAUGUGGGCAGGUGGGUAAAGCCACCAAGAAGAAAUGUAGCCAUACUGACUGAACUGGUGGACUAGUCGUCCGGAACCAGCACCAAGCUAAGUGAGCUUUUCAUGACGUUUACACAGGACACACCAUCCAAGAGGCUGCAUGCUUUUCCAUUACACCUGUCUUUACAUCAGUUAGAACAGACUGUCAAAACUGUAUUAUUAUUAUUAAUUAUUAUUAUUAUGUUACAGAGGACGUAAGUGUACAUAGAGAGUCCAGUGCUGCUCCUGCGUUGUUCAUUGUCGAUCUGUUUCCUGUUUUUGUAAAGUGUCAGAAAUUCAGGUUCCACUUUUGUUUCUGCUCUGAUUCAUCUUGCUUCAUGGCCAAUUUUUCCUUCUCGAACCAUGACCAGGCGAAGAGGCGACAUUCUGUCAAACAUCACUAGAGCUCGCCCCGUGGCGUUGGUUGGUCAUGUUUUUGUACCUGCCUUUUUUUCUGCACAGGUUUAAUUCAGAAACUUCAGUGUUACUGUGUCAGGACUUGAAUUGUUUUUUAUUGUACAAUGUUGCUGUAUUAUAGGUGUUUAUUGAUAUCAGAGAUGUCAUGUUUUUGUUAAUAUUGGUUUGUGUUGAUGAAAGCCAUUUUUCUCCCUUAUUUUGGUUUUCUAUUACAUCUCCUUCACUUCUGUGCAUAUGUAGCCUGCCCUACUCACUCAUUUAUACACUAGGAUUUCUCUCAGAAAUAGGCCUCCUGUCAGAGUGAAAAAUAGCUGUACAAGUUACACUAAAAAGGGGGGUUUAUUGAGGUGUAUUCCCUUGCACUUACCAAAACAUUUAAUUGUACAUUAUCUCCUCUGAGCCACACAAAAUACUCUGCUCCUCCUCUUCUUGCUCUUUCUCACCAUACCUGUAGCUCUUCUGUACUCUUUUCUCCAGGUUUUUGCUGUGAAAAGUAGCAUUUAAUCUGCCUGUUAACCAAAACAAGUAGCAACUAACCCACACAGUCUGUAUGCUUACUCCUAAUCUGUCCAUAGCACAUGUGUGAUGUUGGUUCUGUACUUCGGAGCAAGCUUUGCUCUCAUCUCACUACACAAUCAGUGUUAUUCAGCUACUGACAGUCUCAGUAAUGCAGUGCCUUGCGAAAGCCUUCCCACCCUUUAAACAUUUUUCACAUUUUCUCAGCUUUCAACCACAGACUUUCAUAUAUUUCAUCAGGAUUUUAUGUGAUGGACCAGCACAAAGUACUGCAUAUUUGUAAAGUGGAGGGAAAAUGAUAUAUGGUUUUUAAAAUGUUUUACAAAAAAAAAGUCUUGUUGAACUGGUUGGAUGGAACAUUUUUUUAAGUAAUGCCACAGAUUCUGAGAGACUGGUUCUUGCCUGUUCUCAAGUCUUUUGUAGCUUCUGACAGGUUCUCUUCUAGGACUUACCUGUGCACCCCUCCAAAUAUCUUCCCAUCAGGGCUGACCGGCUUCCCACAGCACGGUGCUGCCUCUACCAUAUCUGACAGUGGGGACGGAUCAGGGUGGUGUAACGUUUUAGCUUUCCCCCCACACACAUAGCAUUUUGUAUGCAUGUCAUGCAAAAUGUCAUCUGACCAGAGCACCUUCUGCCACAUGCUUGUUGCGUUCCCCAACAUGGCUUGUGGCAAACUGCGAGUGGGACCACUUAAGGCUUUUUUGUUACGCUUAAAAAUACUGAUAUCUGGACUGCAAGGGUAACAGUUGUCCUGACAAGAGAUCUUCCCACCCGAGCUGUGGAUUUCCGCAACUCCUCCAAAGUUACCAUGUGUUUUGUUUUGGCUGCUUUUCUGAUUUUCUUUCUUUUUUUUUUCCCAGGGCUUUCCGUUUAGGCGUACAGCCAUGUGGGCAAUUGGUUGCACAAGUUUUUAUUGAGGGGCAUCAGAAUAAAAGGGGUUAAAUGCAAAUGCACGCCACAUUUUAUAGAUUUUUGUUUGUGGAAGUUUUUAAUGACCAUGUAUCUUUUUCCUUUCCCUUUAUUAUUAUGUACAACUUUGUGUUGAUUCAUGGCAUGAAAUCCACAUAAAACACAUUAAAGUAUGUGUUGGUAAGUGUGUGAAAAUCUUAAAAAGUGUGAAUACUUUAGCAAGGCACUGUAAGUGUGUUUGAUUUUGUCUUGAAUCAUGUUAUAAACUAAACUGUAAACUUGUAAAGAUAAAAAAAAAAAAGAGGCUAAUCUGCUUCUGGAAGUGAGCUGAAAGAACUAAGUGCUCCUUGGUCAGUUAUCUUCACAGUAAUAUUUGUGGUGUGUUUCCAUAUGACAUUCUGGAACAAAAACAAAGAAAAAGGAUAAAAAAAAGAGUGAAAAGUGAAUGUAACUGUCACUGGAAGGCAUGCCUCGCUUUCAGUCGUUUUUGUUCAUCUUUUAUACACAGUGUAUGUACUAUUUAUGAUCAUGGCAUUGAAAUGUACAUUAGGUGAAAAUAACCAGUUAUAGAAGGAUAUAUUAUCCUUUCAUUACCGAUUUAUUAAUCAUGGCAACAUUUUUUUCUGCAGGCCACACCCGGUUCUGUCUGUUUUGGGUUUUGUUGCGCAGGGAAACUGACAAAAAGAAGUGUUGCAAAAUAAGUGGACAUAGUUAAGUAUGUAUAAGGAGCAAUUUGUGUUAUACUUCUUUUUUUAAUGGUCAAAACAUGUCUAUGGUUGUAGGGAGAAAAAAAACUAUGGGGUAAUAUUUCAUCUGCUUAUUAAAAAAAAGUUAAAUGCUGCCAAUCACAA